UCCUCUCAACCCGAAAGUCAUGGCCAUGUUGGUCGGCCCCAAUCUGCUCCGCCGCCUUUUACGUUUACAACCUUCCGCCAUAGACGGCGGAAGUGGACUUAUCAUAUCGGUCAUCCACCAGUUCCGAUCACACUACAGUACAACCGCCGAGUUGUCAGCCGAUCACCCAAACGAUGAGGGAAAUAGUGAGAAGAAAGAUAGCAAAUGGUUCACGCUACCCCCAUUUGCUAAAACCGUCAAUGCUUCGGUAUUGCGAGCCAAACUAGCCGGAAAAUCUCAUUUGAAAGAGGCUGAUGAAUCGACGGCGAUCAAGUGGGUUCUGAAAUGCUGCCCGGAGCUGCCCAGAAGUCUAGUACAAAAGCUAUUUCGUUUAAGACAGGUUCGACGAGAAUCCAAAAUCGUGGAGGUUUCUGAUGAUGAUUCUCAAGUACAAAGGAUUCAACUUAAAAGGGUUGGAGCGAAGGAUUCAUUGAACAUUGGAGAUAGAAUCUUUCUUCCCAUUACUGUCCGAGAGUUUCCAGAGGAGAAACAAGAACAUGGCUGCACCGAUGAAGAAUUGAACUUUAUCCGAAACCUGGAGCUUUAUAAGGAUCCAGCCAUUAUUGUUCUCAAUAAGCCUCCGGGGAUGCCAGUUCAAGGUGGUAUUGGCAUCAAAUGGAGUUUAGAUGAAUUAGCAGCAACCUGGUUAUGUUAUGAUUACUCAGAACCACCUCGCCUGGUGCACAGACUUGACAGAGAUUGCAGUGGCAUAUUGGUGAUGGGGAGAACGCAAACAAGUGCCAGAAUUCUUCAUUCUGUAUUCCGCGAGGAAACAAUUGGUGUAUCAGAACAUGAUUUUGACAAUGAGAAAAGAAUCUUGCAAAAGAAGUAUUGGGCACUUGUCAUUGGGUCUCCAAGGCGCCCCAAGGGAACAAUUUCUGCUCCACUUCGAAAGGUGGUGGUGGAUGAUGGGAAAUCUGAUCGAAUCACCGUCUUUGACAAUACCAAGAUUAUGUCAUCUCAACAUGCAAUAACAGAGUAUAGUGUCAUAAAAACAUCAUCUCAUGGCUACACAUGGUUAGAGCUGUCUCCUCUCACUGGAAGAAAACACCAACUUCGGGUACAUUGUGCUGAGAUAUUGGGAACACCAAUUGUUGGAGACUACAAAUAUGGGUGGCAAGCUCAUAGAAGGUGGCAAAAUUUGCCCGAGUCUGAUCUUGGAAAGAACUCAAAUGAGAAGUUUUCAAAGGAAAAUAGUCUCCCUUUUGGCCUCAACAUGAACAGUGGAAGCAUUUUGGAAAAGCGCCUACGCCUGCACCUUCACUGUAGGGAAAUGAUCUUGCCAAAUGUCUCUCAGGCAUUGCAAUAUCUGCAAUCGUCUACAGAUCAUGAUCUUUCAAAGCUCAAAAGCCUGGAAAUAGUUGCUCCAUUGCCUUCAUACAUGCAAAAAAGUUGGGAUAUCUUGAAUUCUUGAGCUAUAACUGGGAUCUUGCAAGCUUCCAAGUUUGCUAUCAAUUAUUAGUUACUAGAAAAUUUUCUACGCGAUGCUGCGGAAGAUUUUUUUUUUUUUUAAAUAUAUAUUUACAGCUUUUUUUGUAUUUUAAAAUACAUGUCAAUUUGAAUUAUUGAUGCAAGUAAAAUAUAAAAGAAUUUAUUAAUG